AUGUGGUAUAAUAUGGCGCGACACAUGCUCCUGUUGAGCCUCAAUAUUUUCUUUUUUCUAAUCAACAAUAUAUCCACCGAAAGUUUGAACGUUUUGAUGCCAGAUGCACGUGCAACGCAGAUUGAUGAAUAUUUGUGCACCGCCGUUGAAAUGGAUUAUGAUUCACCAACUUUUAUAACCGGUUUUAAUCCAUCAGCGACAGCAAAAGAUGCCCAUCACAUGUUGUUAUAUGGUUGUACAGAACCUGGUUCAAAACACAAAAUUUGGAAUUGUGGUGAAAUGGCCAAUGGUAAUUCUGAUUACACACCUGGUCCAGUGUGUGAAUCGGGUUCAACAAUUAUUUAUGCAUGGGCGAUGGAUGCACCAUCGUUAAAAUUACCGAACGAUGUCGCAUUUAAAGUUGGUGGUAAUACAGCAAUAAAAUAUCUUGUAGUCCAAGUUCAUUAUGCUAAUAUUGACAAAUUUCUUGUGGGUGAAUCUGAUCGAUCAGGAAUGGUUCUUGAAACAUCAAAAACUCCUUCAACUAAGCGUGCUGGCGUCUAUAUAUUGCUCACCGGAGGAAAAAUCGAUGCUCAAACAGAAGAACUAUUCGAAGUCGCAUGUAAGAUCGAUCAAAACAUCGUAAUGCAUCCAUUCGCUUUUAGAACUCAUGCACAUAAACUUGGUCUUGUUAAUUCUGGUUAUCGUGUACGAGGCGAUUAUGAUGAUCAAGUUUGGACAGAAAUUGGUCGUCGUUCACCACAAUUACCACAAAUGUUCUAUCCUAUAAACAAUGAUGUCACACUAGAAAAAGGAGAUUAUGUAGCAGCCGCUUGUACAAUGCUCAAUACUCGAUCCAGAACCGUUCAAAUAGGACCGACGGGUGAUGAUGAAAUGUGUAAUUUUUAUAUUAUGUACUGGGUUGAUGGCGAAGAAUUACUCGAAGACGGUAUCUGCAGUAGUGCUGGACCGCCUUCCUAUUAUUUUAGAAGAAAUAAGAAUUUAAAUGUCGAUAAUAUUCCAGACAAUGCUUAUAGAAUUCCACCACCUCCCAACGGUCCGGAACCAGGGCAAGAAUUACACGGACACAUGCAACAUAAUCAACAUCAUAGAUCCUUCAAGAAAGAUAAGCGUUAUUCUAAAAUUAUUUAA